UGCGGCGGAAGCGGCGGUGACAACGCGGAGCGGCGGGGGACCCGGCGCGGUGACCGGUGGUGGUGGCACAAUGGAGGCAGAGGGCAGCCGGGCACGCCGCAGGAAGCCCGACAUGGCCCUCUAUGUGCCCAAAGCAAGGCGGGAGAGAGCGGCACAAGCGGUGGCUGCCAGCCACCAGGAGCCUGAGAAGCAGCACCCAGCAGCGGACAUCCACAAGGGUGGCUCUGAGGGGCAGAGGCAAAGCCCCGGAGCCAGGACACACGUGGGCAGAGCGGCUAGCAAGGAGAGCAAGGCCGGAGCCAAGGAGCCACAGGCAGCCCCUGCUGGGGACAGACAGGCAGUGGGAGCAUCACCAGAUGUGCGGGAGCCAAGUCUGGAGCCAGCUGCUGCAGAGCCCUCAGGCAGAGCAUCCCAGGAUGCGGGGUCUGGGAAGCACAGCCAUGGGGUGAGGACGAUGCCAGAUCCCCUGGGUGCUCAUCCUGUGGCUGCCCCUGAGCAUGGUGGAGAUCCUGAUGGUGUAACGGCAGCUGAGCUGAGCAUGGUGCAUCGGACAGAGCUGGGCAAUGUGAUGGAGCUUCUGGGGCACAGCUCCCUGGGUGCAGCUAUGGAGUGCUCAGGGUGCACAGAACAGGGUGCCUUGCAGCAGGCAGGAGAGGGGAAUGUGAGCAGCACACCCCAGCUCAGCUGGGAGAGUGUGAAAAGCCAUGAGGAGGAGAGGGGGCAUGACGAGUCUGUCCUUGCAGGGCAGAGUCAGGGCUGCUCCACUGACCCUGAGGAAGAGAGGCACAGAGGCAGCACUGCGGUUGCCCCAGAAGGAUCUGCCUGUGUAGCUGAGACAGGGAACACGACAGUAUUCCUGGACCAGAACAUGGGCAGCACAUCCCAGCUCCUGCCAGAGCAUGUGGAGCAGCUGCUGCCCAGCAAGGAGCAGGCCACUGCUGGUGUUGGACAUGAUGGAGGGGAGGGUAUUCUUGUGGCUGAUGGGAGCAGUGAGCUGGGGGCCGGUGAGGAGAUGAGCUGUGUGGGGGGGACAGAAAGUAGCUCCAGGGAUGGAGAUCCCCUGGACAGUCCCCAGCCCCUGAAACCCCUGGAGCUUCUGUGUCACAGCAUGGAACAGCUCUCACCUGGAUCAUGUGCUGAGGAACCGACACGAGCAGAUGAGGAUGAAGGCUGUCAGCGGCAGCACCAGGAGGAAGAGGAGGAUGAGGAAGGAUGUCCCCAUGGCAGCUCCCUAAAGCCGAGUCAGCCUAAUGCCGGGACCCCGAGCAGCCCAGACGCUGCCGAGAGCUGGGAUGCACUUUUCAAUGACGAUGGGGAUUGCUUGGACCCGCGCCUGCUGGAGGAGCUCUCAGGGGGCCCAGAGCGCCAGCAGAGCCUGCAGGAGCCCCGCUUCGACUACUACGGGGCUCAGCCGGCUGCUCCAGACCUCAGUGAUGACGAGCUGCCCCACGUCAUUGAGAUCUAUGACUUCCCCCCGGAUUUCCGCACUGAGGACUUGCUGCGCAUCUUCUGCAGCUAUCAGAAAAAGGGCUUUGACAUCAAGUGGGUGGAUGAUACGCACGCUCUGGGGAUCUUCUCCAGUCCCAUCACAGCGCGUGAUGCCCUCAGCACCAAGCACCUGAUGGUGAAGACUCGCCCGCUAUCCCAGGGCACGCGGGCAGCUAAAGCCAAAGCGAGGGCGUAUGCUGACUUUCUGCAGCCAGCCAAGGAACGGCCCGAAACGUCAGCUGCACUGGCACGGCGCCUGGUCAUUGGUGCCCUGGGGGUGCGCAGCAGCCAGACCCCUGCCCAGCGGGAUGCUGAGCGCAAGAAGCUGCAGGAGGCACGGGAGAGGAAGCGCCUGGAGAACAAACAGCGGGAGGAUGCCUGGGAAGGCCGGGAGUGAAUGUCCCGCAGUGGGAUGGUGCUGGUGAUGCUGCCAGGGGUACCCGCACCUGGGGAUGGAGCUGGUGCUACUGCCGCCCUGGUGCUACUGCUGCCCUGUAGGCUCUGUGCCAGGUGGAGCAGGCUCACAGGAAAGAGGCAAGGGCACAGCUGCAGGGUGCUUGAGGGCCAGCUGGGGACAUGCCAUGGUGUCCCAAGGCUGUCCCCAGGGCUGUGGUGGCACAUGCCAUGUGGGUCAGCCACAGACACCCUGAGCAUUGUGAGUGAGAAUGUCCUUUAUUUUGCUAAUAAAUACAAUUUAUUUUGCUUUGC